UAUGUCGUAUUUAGACAUUUACCUAAUCGCUCUUUUUACGGAAGUGCUGGUUUCUUUUUUUGUUGGCCGCAUUGUAAUUUCUCGAUUGCCAAACUCGGUUACAGUGGCCGAUAAUCGUACCAUCUCGCGAAACGGAAAGAACAAAUCUGUUCAUGUUGAUUUUGAACGUUUUAUUAGCUUAUACUUGACAAAUUGAUGAUGCCCAUUCGCUGUUAGUGAGAGCUUAAAAAUAAUCCGCUGUCUUCCGUUCUCACGCAUUGACAAGUUCGGUUAUAGUGCGAGAAUCCAUGGGCUAGCCGGCGUGCACGCCCGGUAUUUUUAAUAUUGCAAAUUUUUCCAUUCCAUUAGGUUUUUUAAAGCUUUAUUUUUGACGAUUUUCUCAUUGUGACGGAAUUUCCGUCCCCGGAAACCAGGUCUGUUUAGACAGCCACCCGGCAUGUGUAUAGGGCAUGAUUUCGCAUAAAAAGCGCUGAGCCAGCAUUUCCCUUCACAACCGGUUUGUCAACUAGAAUAAGCCUAGUCAAACAGUUUAUUUGAACACUUUCAUUUUUUAUAAACGUUGAAAGAAAAUCCUUUCUCCGUUGCGGUUUUGAAUUCGAGACGACCGACAGUGCUAUUUUGGUUUUUUGAUGAGAGGGAAUUUUUUAUACCUUGUGCUGCGAUUCGACAAAAGGAUUAUUGAAGAGGGACAAGUGGAUGUACCACAGUGGUGUCAGUACGUUUUAAUUUUGUCAUGUUGACAUUUUCCCCAGACAAAUAUUAACGGUCAGGGUAAAUUGCUCAUCUGUUUGGAGCGGCUGGGCGGGCUCUAUUGGCAUUUACACAUUGCACACUUUGCCUGGCGAUAACCUUUGAGAGUUGCGCUUUGCGGCGUUUAUUCACUCGUGUAUGGCGUAUGUUCGUGUCGCGGUUGCGUGUUUGAGCUUUUUCGGGAAUUUUUCGCCUGUCGAGGUUUGAUGUGCAUAUUUCUGAAAAUGCUUCUCGUCCCUGACAAACUCGCAUGGUUUUAUGAUUGUAUCAUAAGCAAUAAUUUGUCUACCAGGCUGUUUUGUUUCGUUCUCAGUGCGUCUUGACGAAUGCUCUGCGGCAAUUUUGUUUUGUAGUGCAGAUGAUCUUGUAGAAUCGUUUUGCGACUUUGCCGAUAAUACAAAUUUUUGUGGGAAAAUAUCAGUUUUUGAAUUCGCUUUAUUGACGGUAAUGACGACAUCAGUCUAGUAUCACAUCACCCGUGGACACCAAAACAAGAAUGACCUACAAAUUCUCAAAGCACACGGAAGGCGAUCCCUAUGCCCAUCUUCAAAUGGAUGGUGCUGGACUGUACCGUUUGGCAGAAGAAGAUGAGGGCAUCAGCCCGGAUGUGAUUACUUUAAACAAGGAGUACAUCAGCCACAUUCAACAGGAUGGCGAUCUCGGCGACGACAUGGUCCUGGAGUAUAAAACCUACCAGGACCAGAGUUUUUUUGAGCGGUCUCAGAAGGCCAAACGUGUCCGCCAGCAGCAGCUGGAAUCGUGGAAUCGGCGGGAGAUGCAGGGUUCGGAGGUUUUAGAGGAUGGCCUCGCGCAGAGCGGUUCACUGCGGCACCGGAAGGUGAAGAAGAAGAAGAAAACAGUGAUGUUUGAAUGGAAUGUUCUUUUAAUGGAUGCAGUGUUAAGGAAUGAAUUAAUGGAAGUGAGAAGGCUUCUGACUACGUAUGAGGAUCUGGAACGGUGUCCUAGAGCUGAACUGGCUAAUUGUCGCUCUCCUGAUGGUCUUACGCCGCUUCAUCAGUGUUGUAUCGAGAAUUUAGAAGAUAUGGCACGUCUUCUUAUCGACAACGGUGCCAAUAUUCGCGCAGUUGAUUCAGAAUUAUGGACUCCGUUGCAUGCUGCAUCAACAUGCGGGCAUCUACCGAUGGUGCGUAUUUUGCUCGAUGCCGCCAAAGCACACAAAGACAGCUCGAUUGCUGGUUCAAACGAUGCUUCCAACAGUGGUGAUCUCGUUCGUGAUAUUUUGCUUGCCGUUAAUUCUGACGGGAACAUGCCGUACGACUUGUGUGAUAAUGAUCUGACGCUGGCGUAUAUCGAGCAGGAAAUGCAGAAGCGAGGUAUCACUCAAGACGAUAUUGAGUCGAAACGUCAUAAGAAAGAAGUGGACAUGUUACGUGAUCUGCAGUCGUUUAUCGACGCUAACUUUACAUCCCGCUCGCAGCCAAGCUCAGCAGGAUCAUUACGACAGCAACGGAACAGUAGCAGCAGUUUGGUGAAAGUUAAUCGCCGUGAAAUCUGGGACAUAUUCACAGCAGCUAGCAAAACAUCCAACGCGCUACUGAUGCACGUGGCCGUCGCUAAUGGCUACCUCGAGGUGAUGGAUCUCCUGCUGAAAUACGACUAUCCUCUGGAUCUAGAGGAUGAUGACGGAUGGGUGCCCAUACAUGCCGCUGUGGCCUGGAAUCAACCCCUGGCAGCCAAACGCCUUGUGGAAGCUGGAGCGGAUAUUACAGCCAAAGUACGCGGUACAAAUGAAACUGCUGUGGAUUUGGCAAAUGUUGCAGAUACUAGUGAGGAAGUUGACAAGGUGGAGAGAUUCCGCGAUAAUCUGAUUCUAUGGGACGCUGCAUACAAAGCGAAAUGCGAAGAGGAAGCCAAACUGAAACUUAAAUCGAAGAUCGCUCGCAAUCCUUCUUCGGAGUCGAUUACUAGUGCGCCGAGUUCCACUAGUCCGUUGAUGCGCCGUAGCAGUCCAAAACGGGUUCAGCGUCGUUCGUCGCUAAAGGACAAAGAAGACCUUAUCGCUCUCCUGCAGACACUGGGCGAUCAUGAUCUCAAGUCGGCAGAAGACCGUCAGACGACCAUCUACCAAUUUAGUCGCAGUCCGGCGGGCUCUCUGCGGGAUCGCAAUCCGGUUUUACCUAAUGUUCCUGAAGAGGCAGUUACUGCCUCGGCUAUUGUGCACAUUGAAGGGCUGCAGUCGGACGUGGACUUAAUUAAUCAGACUAUUUCGCCGGAACUGAUCUCCUCAUUACUCCGCACGUUCGAGGAAGAGAAUAAUGAGGAUGCGGAGAGUGUUGCAGAGCAGCUCAUGAAAAGCGCGGAGGAAUCCUUAAAUCAGAUUGAUCAGCCAGUGACCCUGUCGCAGCUGAAGAGCCGACGGAAUCGAUUCCGACUACUGAAGCGCAAAGAGAAACCAUUGACGCGGGAAUUUCCGACUGGAGUAGCGGGAAGAGAGGACAGCACGGCAUCUUGUCUUCCCGUCAACGGAACCGCAAACGGAGGUCAGGAUUCCGUUAUAGCGAAAUUUAAAGCGCCGACGCAUGAGCUGCCUGUUGGAGCUGAGGGGAAGAUAGCUUCAAAGAUGAACGAUACCUUUGCGGUGCCGAAGAAGAAAGAAAAAACGUUGUAUAAAGUGCUGCGACCGGGGAAGGAAAAGGAUGGAACGGUAGAGGAAGGAAAGGUGUGGAAAAAUCUUCCACCGACAAAUGGGUGUUGCAGCAUUGUGUAACCCUGUGGAGAUGUGAUGAUGAAUCCCGGAUGUUUUUUGCAUGUUGCAGAGUGAUAUUUGCUGCUUUAGGAGCUGGUGAUCUGCGCCGGUUUACAGAGGACCUUUUCUUCCUUUCUGCUCAAAGCAUGCUUUGUACAUUAAAUAUUUUUUUUGUAUUCUGAUGAUGGGUUGGUCAAGAUGUGAGGAUUUUCAAGUGCCGGUAUUUUUUGAGUACUAUUAGCUUUUAUGGUGAAUAGAUCAGCUUCUAAAUUGUUUGUGUACGAGUACCAUGUGACUUUUCUGUAAUAGGAGUUUUGCCCGGUUUCAUGUCCCAUGUUUUAAAAAGUGAUUCCAUGGAUAACGCUGCUUGCAGUGGAAUAACAGUUACUAGUUG